AUGUUGCCACAUUUUUUCCAAUCACAUGACAAGGAUAUUAUCGAUAUGGAUACACAAGAAAGGACUCGAUAUAUCAGUGAAUCGUCAAUGUCUGGCACCAGUGGCUAUUCAACAACAACAUCACCAGACCCUCGUAAUUCACCCAGCUCGUCCAACUAUUCUCCAGCACAUUCGCCAGCCACUAUACUGCAGGCGGAAUUCUCUAACUUGGCAUUGCCGCCAGCACAGAAUAAUAGCUAUCAGCAGCAACAAAUAUAUCCUAGCCAAUAUUUGCAAUUGCAGAAUGUUGCAAUAAACCAUACCGCACCAGGUUAUAAUAGUGACAACAACAACAUGGCUGUUAACUAUAGUUUUGGCACUGCAACGGUGGCGCCCAUUAAUUUCCAACAACCAACAACAGCCGGAGGAGCAUCAUCCUCAUACAUGCCCGUUAAACGUGAAUAUCCAGCUACCCUGCGCAUCGUCGAACAACCAGUUGAAAAAUUCCGUUUUCGCUACAAAUCGGAAAUGCAUGGUACCCAUGGUUCUCUGAACGGUGCCAAUUCUCAGCGUAGUACAAAAACUUUUCCCGAAAUCGAAUUGUGUGACUACGAUCAACCCGCCAUUAUACGCUGCAGCUUAUUUCAAGCCAAUCGUGACAGCCCCCAUUCCCAUCAAUUGGUAAUACGUGAAGAUGAUCAUGACAUUUGUGAUCCACACGAGUUGAAUGUGUCACCGGAUAAGGGAUUUUAUGUUGAAUUCAAAAAUAUGGGAAUUAUUCAUACGGCCAAAAAGUUCAUCGUCGAAGAACUGUUGAAAAAGAAACGCAAACGUUUACAGUUUGAACUGGGUCGGGAUAAUCUGACGACAAGGGAACAACAGGAGCUGAGCAUACAAACGGAAAGGGAGGCGAAGGAUAUGAAUUUGAAUCAGGUUCGUUUAUGCUUCGAAGCCUUUAGUGUUGAUAGCACCAACGGCCGAUAUACACCCAUUGCUGCUCCUGUUUAUUCCAACACAAUUAACAACCGUAAAUCGGCCCAAACAGGUGAACUGAAAAUCACCCGUUUAAGCAUUGCCACCGGCAGUGCCACGGGUGGUGAAGAUCUAAUAUUAUUGGUCGAGAAGGUCAAUAAGAAAAAUAUCAAAGUGCGCUUCUUCGAAAUGAACGAAGACGAUUUGGUGUGGGAGGCAUUUGCCAGCUUCCGUGAAUCCGAUGUCCAUCAUCAAUAUGCCAUUGUAUGUCGCACGCCAGCCUAUGCUAAUAAGGAUAUUGAUAAGCCAGUUGAGGUAUUCAUUCAAUUGGUACGGCCGUCCGAUGAUGAGCGCAGUGAACCGCCGGUGCUGUUUCGUUACAAACCCAGAGAUGCCGUCACAUCACGUAAACGACGUCGUACUUGUUCCUCAAUUUCGGGUAGUAGCAGCAGUGGUGGUAGCAAUUCGGGUUCCUUAAGCUCCGGAGAAUUGCCCCGUACCAUACAAGAACAACAGCAGCAGUUCUUAUCCAAAUUCUUGAGUGAGGAAAUUGAACGGCUAAUCAAUAAUGAGGAAUUGCGUCGGAAAUGUAAAGAUCUGUCGAAUGAAGAUUUGGUAGGUGGGGGUGUGGGUGCUGGCACAACAGAAAAGGAUGGUGCCGCCACCAACACCUCGGAUUCGAGUAAAUCUCUUUUGCACUAUAAAAAGCUAAUGAUUAGUAAAAAACUAAUGGACACCGCUAAGCAGCAGCAAGAACAACAGAAAUUAGCAGCCGCCGCAACCAGCAGCAGCAGUAGUUAUAUACAGCAAAUUGUUAAAAUAUAUUUGAAUGCUCGUGGCAAGGGUUCCUCAUUGGACCCCAACGAACGCCAACAGGCCGCCGACAGCAUAAACAAACUAUAUAGCGAUUAUUCGGAUCUAAAUCCAAACGGAGAUUCUCUCAUCCAUGAAAUGGUGGCCACUGACAAUAGCAAAUAUGCCAUACACUUGUGUCACAUCCUGCAACAUUUCCAAUUGCACAGCCUCUUGAAUACCAUUGUAAAUAAUAAAAAUCAAACUGCCCUGCACACCGUCUGCCUCUGCAAUCAUCCGCACUAUAUCCGACCCCUGCUGAGUCUCGGCUGUAAUCCAAAUGUACAGGAUAAAAACGGUGACACCGCCAUGCAUAUUGCGGUGCGUGAAAAACACACCGCCUGUCUGGAUUCAUUUCUAAUAUCGAAAAAGGAAUUGAAAUUGAAGUUACGUAACGAUGAUGGUUUCACGCCCCUACAUUUGGCCGUGCGUGAUAAUAAUUGUGAACUUGUCUCGAAGCUCAUCAAAUACGAUGCCAGUUUGGCACUGAUACCGAAUUCAAUCGAUGGCAAUAAUGCUCUGCACAUUUCAAUACAACAACAGAAUUUGGAAUUGGUGAAAAUAAUGUUGGACGGCAACAAUCACACCCAAGGAGGAGGUGGUGGUGUGGAGUCGCUUUUACAUUCUCGCAAUACAGCUGGCCUUACGCCUGUGGAUGUGGCCAGGCAAUUGGCCACAACCACCAAACAGGCUGGGGAAAUAUUGAGUUUACUGCAGGUGCACUGUCAACAAUCAACCACAACGACAACAACAAAGUCAUCAGCUGACAAUUCUCCUGCUGACAGUUGUUCAAAUCUGAUUAUCAAAGAAGAAGAACCCUCUUCACACUCCUCUACGGACAAUGAUGAUGAUGAUGGUGAUGACGAUGAGGAUAGUAAUAGUUAUAUGGAUCGGCCAAUGCCCCCAAUGGUCACAUUACCAGGACCCCUUGAUGCCAAUAAAACAAACAACAGAAAUCCAAAUAAGCUUAAUGACGAUGGUGAAUGUGCCAUGGAUGUACAAAUAAAAAUUGAGAAACAAGAAGAUGAUGCUGCAGAAUAUUUUACAACUUCACAAUUGACUACGGCCCUGGAAGAUCCCCACAUAUUUUCACAAUUGUCUAAAGUCUUAAGUGGCAACGAUUUGUGGAAACGCAAAUUACCAAUACCUACAUUUUAUCUCAGCCAACCGGAUAUGAUGUUGGACUAUGUUCGACGCAACAUUGAAAGUAUCAAUGUUCAGCAAUUUGCCCAGACAUUGCAAGAAAUUGAUUCAAAUCUAUUAGGAUUAAUAAAGAAAUAA